AUGCUGCUUCCUACUGAUGUGGAAGAGUUGAAGAAUAUGAGGAUGCAGAAGGUUUUCCUCAGCGCGAAGAGGUACUUGGGUAUGGCUAUCCAGGCCACCUAUAGGAUGGAGGAAGAAGUUAAGGGGCAAUGUAAGACCGUAGAGCUUGAGUGCGAUAAACGUAUUGAUGCUGCACGAACCCUUAAAAUGUCCGAGGUUGGCCUCGCAAAGGCUAGGGAGGACUUAAAGGAGGCCACCCGAGCCAGGGAUAGUGCUGCGGCAGGUUUGACUAGUGCCCAAAAACAGGCCGAGGAACAGACAAAGCGCCUACUCGCUGCCGAUGAGCAAUUGCAGAUUGCUAAGGAGCAGAUCAGUGAUUUAAAAAAGCAACUGUUCGAGGCAAACAAUGCUAAGGGCGUGGCGGAAUUUACCAUGGAUGAAGCCGUGAGGGCCAAGCAGGAGGCUAAGUUUGCCAGAACUGAGGCCGAAGCUGCUAGGGACAAGGCCGAAGAGGAGGGUUACGAGGCGGGGGUGGCUGAAACCCAAGCCUCCCUUAAAGCUCAAAUCCCUGGAGUAUGCAGGCUAUACUGUUCCCAAGUUUGGGAAGAGGCCCUUAAACGAGCUGGGGUGGAAGCUUCGUCCAAUUUGUGGAAGGCGAAGAGCGUAUUUUAUCCUCCAGCCAUCGAUGAGACCGCCUCUGCCAGCUCCGAGGCUAUGAGCGAUCCAAAGGAAGCAGGGACUGCUCAGUCAGAAGCUGCUUAG